AUGGCCUCUUCUGAGCGAGAAAGUCAAACCUCCACACCCCGGUCCUUUACGGGCCAAAGUGUGUCGGCCGAGGAAAUGCUCAAGUCGCAAACUGUCGGUCUUGUGCAUCUGUCCGAUUUUCGCAAACGGCGCGCCGAAGUCUUGGAGCAUAAGGAGCGCGAGGCGCAUGACAAGUCUCUAGGCAGACUGGCAUCUGGUAAUUCAAGAAGUGCAACUCCUUCUGCCGGCGAAGUGACUGACGGGUCAUCAACACCCAAAAGUGACGCCCCUCCUAAAAAGAAGAAGAAGAAACAACUAGCUAAAAGCAAGCUUUCUUUUGGCGACGAUAAUGAUGAUACCGGGGAAGAGUCCGCUGCGACUCCACGCGAUUCAAGCAUAUCCCGAUCCGGGUCAAAGACACCGAUUGAAGAGAGCGCGACAUCAGCAGCUGUGCGCAUGAAGGCGAAUCCGCAUGCACGACCACCUCCCAAAGCGAUGACUAAGGCCGCAGUGGAAGCUGAGGCACAGGCUCGCGAAACACUGCGCAAGGAAUUCCUGGCGAUGCAGGAAGCUGUUAAGAAUACGGAGAUUUCUAUCCCAUUCGUGUUUUUUGACGGGACGAACAUACCUGCUGGGUCAGUCAAGGUUAAGAAGGGUGACCCGGUCUGGCUGUUCCUCGACCGUUGCCGCAAGGUCGGUGCCGAACUUGGAGUGCGUGGUGCCAAUGGGGCUGCGAAGGCGCGGAAAGAUAAUCGUCGGGAAUGGGCUCGAGUCAGUGUCGAUGACCUUAUGCUGGUCAAAGGUGAUAUCAUUGUCCCACAUGUGAGUUUACCAAAUGCGAUUCUGUUGGAUCCGGUGUAUUUGAUACUAAUUCGCAACCAGCACUACGAAUUCUAUUAUUUUAUUGCCAACCGAGUACCCAACUACUCUCGCAACGGGGGUCUGCUCUUUGAAUAUUCCAAUAAGCCGGCACCAGAAAAUCCAAGCGAUGAGCCUCUAUACCGACCCAACGAUGAGAAGUUAGAAGGGGCGGACAAUGAUGCCACGGAGACCAAGGUCGUAGAUCGCCGUUGGUAUGAAAAGAACAAGCACAUCUACCCUGCCAGUCUCUGGAAUGAGUACGAGCCCGGGAAGGAGUUCGAAGAAAAGAUGACAUCGACGCGGCGUGAUGCACAGGGUAAUGCAUUCUUUUUUUAG